GGUAACCCGGUUAUAGAGCGUUUACACUGAAAUGUUUCGUACUUCUUUCUGUCACGCAUUUGUCUCAGGAUUUGGUAGAACGUGUGUAAAAGUGAGCGUCCGGCGCUGUGGCCGGGCGGCGGCGAUGAGCCGAUAGGGCAGACACCCCUUCACUCUCUCCAUGGAUAAGACGGUGCCGAGCGAUGGGACAUUCAGUGCUGGCUGCAGCAGCAGCGGGAAGGAUGGAGAUGGGUCGCGCUCUCAUGACGGUGCUCCUGCUGCUGGUGUGUUGGUGCUGCCGGCCUGCAGCCGCCGUGGAGAUCCGCAUCGCCAGGGGCCUCGACACCAACAGCACGUUCAUGGCGCCGCGUCCCACUCCGCCAGAGGAGAAACCCAUCUCCAUUCCUCCGCACAACUACUCAAAGCCGGCGCACAACUACACACACGCUGUGAUCGGUCAGAGCAAGCACAAGGUUUGGAUCCGCCAGCUUCACUACAAGGUUGGCAGCCGGGUACGGGUGGACCAAGUCACCCUGACGGAAGUCUUCAACGCAUCUAAGGCCGCUCUGUACCUGCGCGGCCGGACGGCGGACGGCGCCGGUGUCUGUCUGGUGGAGGAGCACCCGAAGAACACCACCAAGAGCGUCUCAGCCUCCAGGCCGCUCGACGAGCAGAUGGUCUCCCUGCAGGGUCCCAUGGCGGCCACCAAGGGCCGGCUGGUCCCCCUCUGCCGGUCGCUGCCCGUCUACAAAGUUCACAGGAUGCAGGCGCACACUCACAAACACAAGGAGAGACGCGCGAGGUACGCCUACAAGACCACGAUGCGAGUGUUGGCGUUUAUCUGGCGCAACAGGCGCAUUCUCGGCCUGCCGUUCGGCGUUCACGGAGACUUUGAGUAUCGUGGUUAGCGCCGCGCCGAGCAGUUCAGUAUGCUGUCAGUUGAGCUUAGUCGGUCUCCAUCCCCGCUGCUAAUACCAUGCCGCUGAGUCAGA